AUGGGCAACGCCGCCACCAAGUUCCGCAAGGCGCUCGUGAGCGGCGACGAGGCUCUGGCCUGGCAGCUGUACGAGGGCAACCCUCAGUUCAGGGACGGCCUGGACCCGAACGCGUCGUACGGGGAGCAGUACCAGCACAACACACCUCUGCACUAUGUAUGUCGCCACGCCAUGACACGUCUGCUCAGGUCCUUCCUGUUCAGCAAAGAGGGAAAUCCUAACAAGCGAAACGUGCACAACGAGACGUGCCUCCAUGUGCUGUGCCAAGGCCCGCAGAUCCUGCUGCUGCCAGAGGGGGCGCUGUCGCCGCGACUGGCCCGACCACAGAGGGACGAGCAGCGCCGCGCAGACUGCCUUCAGAUGAUCCUGAGCUGGACUGGGGCCAGACUGGAGGGAGGCCAGUAUGAGAAGGCCAACGUCAACGCCACCGACAACCAUCACAGCACCUGUCUGCACUACGCUGCUGCUGCAGGCAUGAAGAGCUGCGUGGAGUUGCUGAUCCAGAGCGAAGCGGACCUUUUCGUAGAGGAUGAGGACAAGUUGACGCCGUGCGACCAUGCCGAGCGGCACCACCACACCGAGCUGGCUCUCAACUUGGAGUCUCAGAUGGUUUUCUCUUCCGCCUCGUUGCAGCAGUCAAAUAGAGAUGCACACGGUGAAACGGGCCUGCUGCAAUACAAGGAGCCUUACGAGGGGCUGAAGCUGCAGGAUCUGCGCAGGCUGAAGGACAUGCUGAUCGUAGAGACGGCAGACAUGCUGCAAGCCCCGCUCUUCACUGCCGAGGCCUUGCUUCGAGCGCACGACUGGGACAGAGAAAAGCUUCUUGAAGCCUGGAUGUCCAACGCUGAGGGCUGCUGCCAGCGCUCCGGCGUCUCCAUGCCGACCCCGCCGCCCAGCGGCUACAACGCCUGGGACACCCUGCCAUCUCCCCGCACUCCGAGGACACCGCGAUCACCCCUGACCCUCACCCUCACUUCACCCACCGACAGCUGCCUCACGCCUGGAGAGGAGGGCCUGGCCACGUGUGGCAUCUGUCUCUGUUCCAUCUCAGUCUUUGAGGACCCGAUUGACAUGUCCUGCGGCCACGAGUUCUGCAGAUCCUGCUGGGAGGGGUUCCUUAAUGUAAAGAUUCAGGAAGGCGAUGCUCACAAUAUCUUCUGCCCGGCGUACGAGUGCUACCAGUUGGUGCCGGUGCACGUGAUCGAGAGUCUGGUUUCCAGAGAAAUGGACCAGCGAUAUCUGCAGUUUGACAUCAAGGCCUUUGUGGAGAACAAUCCAUCCAUUCGCUGGUGUCCCGUGGCUCGCUGUGAGCGGGCCGUGAGGCUCACCAGACCGGGCCCCGGGGACAACGACCCUCACAGCAUCCCACUGCUGCCUUCUCCUGCUGUUGACUGUGGCAAAGGUCAUCUGUUCUGCUGGGAAUGCCUUGGCGAGGCCCAUGAACCAUGUGAUUGUCAGAUGUGGAGAAACUGGCUCCAGAAAGUCACAGAGAUGAAGCCUGAGGAGUUGGCAGGAGUGAGCGAGGCGUACGAGGAUGCUGCUAACUGCCUGUGGCUGCUGACCAACUCCAAACCGUGCGCCAACUGCAAGUCGCCCAUUCAGAAGAACGAAGGCUGCAACCACAUGCAGUGUGCCAAGUGUAAAUAUGAUUUUUGCUGGAUCUGUCUUGAGGAGUGGAAGAAGCACAGCUCGUCUACAGGAGGCUACUAUCGCUGCACUCGCUACGAGGUCAUUCAACAGCUUGAAGAGCAGUCUAAAGAGAUGACGGUUGAGGCAGAAAAGAAGCACAAAAGUUUCCAGGAGCUGGAUCGUUUCAUGCACUACUACACUCGCUUCAAGAACCAUGAACACAGUUACAAGUUGGAGCAAAAGCUGCUAAAAACGGCCAAAGAGAAGAUGGAGCAGCUGAGUCGAGCCUUCAUUUGUCGUGAGGGCACCUCUCCAGACACGCGCUUCAUCGAGGACGGCGUGACCGAGCUGCUGAAGACGCGGCGCAUUCUGAAGUGCUCUUACCCGUACGGCUUCUUCCUGCAGCAGGGCAGCACGCAGAAAGAGAUAUUUGAGCUCAUGCAGACCGACCUGGAGAUGGUGGUUGAGGAUUUGGCCCAGAAGGUCAACCGGCCGUACUUGAGGACGCCUCGCCACAAGAUAAUCACAGCAGCAUGUCUGGUGCAGCAGAAGAGGCAGGAGUUCCUGGCCUCGGUGGCUCGUGGCGUCGCUCCCAACGACUCUCCUGAGCCUCCGUGCAGGAAUUACCCUGGGGGAUCAUGGGACUGGGAGUACCUUGGCUUCACCUCUCCUGAGAUGGGAAGCCGUCACUCUGUGCUGGGAGCCAGCGAUCACAGAGACAGACUGUCGCAGGAUUAUGCUGACAUCCAGUACCGUCGCAGACACAGACCUCGGCGCAGAGGAGACAUGCUGAGCCUGCACAGCCUCAGAAGCAGCAGCAACACACCGGAGACCAGCAGACGGAGUGAGAACACAGAGGGCACCGACAGGACUGAGGGUCGCAGGAGAGCGCUGGGCUCUCUCGAUGAAGACGACCCCAACAUCCUUCUUGCCAUCCAGCUGUCGCUCCAGGAGUCCCGCAGAGAGCGGGGCCUGGAGGUGGGGCUGGAGUUGGAUGGAGGGGAGGAGAGGAGGCCGGGUCCUGGAGGAAAUCUGGCCGAGGUGGCGUUGCACUCUCUCAAUGCCGAGGAUCCUCCAGGAGCCAGAGGCUUCCCCAUUUCACUCCUGGAUCCUCCUCGCCCCCCAAACCGAACAGAUUCCUCCUCGCAGCCAUCCAUUACCAGCUCCCUCACCCUGCCGCCCCCUCCUCCCUCCCUCAGCGCUGAGCUGCUGGAGCUGGGAGACAGUCUUAUGAAACUGGGGAACCUAACGACGCCAUACGACGUAGACGCACGCCACAUGUACAGCCAUAAUACACUGACUGCUCCUUACACCACUGAACCUGCCUGCAGCGACUGCAGCCAUAGACACGACCAGAACGGCCGGACUUCUCCAUAUGCGCUCGAACACAUCACAGAUCCUCGUUAUGACAGCAACGAGCAGAGCUACUGCCAUUCCUCUGCGUAUUCGGCCGAGCCUGAGCACACUGCCUUCUGCGCACUUGAACGCACCCAAAACAUCUCGCAUCCCAGUUCGUAUAACCGGGAGCACACAUCUGGGUGCGAAGGCGCCCCCAAACCAGACUGCUCUUACCACCCCUGUUCCGAGCGGAGCAGCUCUUACACUGCAGAGCGUCCUGCCACCUACGCUCUGCAGCACCCCCCGAGGUCAGAACCCAGACCGCCUGUCCAGUUGUGCCUCCCGUCACCAGAACUCGAACCAGAGCUGCUGCUUUCCCCGGUCAUUCCACCGGGAGGCCCUUUCACCCCCAGUGACCCUCAGAGUCUGGAGACUUUGGAUCCCACAGCCAGCGCUCAGCUGCUGGACAACAUCAUGGCCUGGUUCAACAACAACAUUAACCCCCAGAACAACCCCCAGAACCUGGCUCUCAUCCCCUCACCGCCUACCACAGAAACAGACUCCUCCCCCGACAUGCACACCGAGACAGAGGCUGAGAGCCACACCUCCAGGGAUGUGACCCCCGCCCUCAUCUGGCAGCCCCUGGAGGGCGAGCCAGAAGAAGACCGGGGGGCAGUUAGUACCCCACCAAGUGCUGCAGGUGCCGAGGGCCCGGAGAGCUCUCUGGAGGUGGGUAGCAGAGACACUGGAGAGGAAGAUGUGGGCACUGGGUGUGUGGCUGACCUGUCGCUGGAUGAAGUUCGCACACACCCGUGUCCCACAGAGACAGACGUGGACCCUGUCCUGCAGUUGGAGGAGGACAGGUCACCUGAGGAGUGGGAGGAGCAAGAACACUUGGUGUGACCCGGACAGAACGAUGGAAAAGACACGGAGUCCACGAGAAAAAGAUAAAAGUGAAGUUUAAAGACGGGGCUGAGUGUUUACUGUAUGUAUCAUACUGUAUCUAAAGGCGACAGAGAAACGUGCACACUCUGUCCAGUAAUCAUGAU